GCUUCGCGGCGGUUCCGCGCGUCCCCUCAGGGGCCGCCAAGUUGCCGCCGCGUCCCGAAGUUUUCCCGCAGCCGCAGCAUGGCGGGCGCCGCUCACUGCUCCCUGCAGGCCAAGCGCCUGCUCUUGGACCCCAAAUUCGAGGGCUACAAGCUGUCCUUGGAGCCGCUGGCCUGCUACCAGCUGGAGCUCGACGCGGCUUUGUUGGUUUUCUCCUCGUUUUUCCAAGGAUCAUGAAGAAAACUUGAACCUGGAAGGCUGUAGAAAGGAAGGAAUGAACUUCAUCCUAGUUUAAAAUCGCCUAUAAACUAUCUGAGCACAUGCUGUAGCAGAAGCAAAACUUCGUGAUGAUCAAUAUACCCUUGACCACAUGCGUGCUUUUGGCAUGUAUAAUUAUCUUCACCUUGAUUCCUGGCACCAGGAUAAUGUCUACUAUGUUGAUCAGUUCGGAAGGGUUAUGAAUCUGUCAGUGACUCUGGACACUGCUCUACAAAAACCAAGAGAAGUUUUCAGGCUACCUACGGAUUUGACAGCUUAUGAUGAUCGCCUCUGUGCCUCAAUGCACUUCUCAUCUUCCACGUGGCUCACCCUCUCUGAUGGAACAGGAAGGCUGUAUUUAAUUAAAUCAGGCAAGCGUGGAGACAGUGCCUCUGAAAAGUGGGAGAUUGUGUUUAAUGAAGAACUAGGAAGACCAUUUAUUAUAACCCACAGUGUUUCAUUCGUAAAAUCGGAUAUGCAUUCAGUAGCUGUGCUGCUGCUUAGGGUAGAAAAAGAUGAAUUGGACACAAAAGGAAGUGGAUUCCAUAUUACCUUGGAAUGGAUUACAAUUGCAGAGAUAAGCAAAGAGGGUGAUGAUAGAUAUGAAAUCUUUAAAAGGAGAGUUUUACAAGGAAAAUCAGUCCCCCAUUAUGCAGCAAUAGAGCCGAGUGGCGAUGGUCUAAUGGUUGUUUCCUACAAACCAUUCAAGUUUGUGAAAGAUGAAGAUGACAAAUUAGAAGAAAAUGAUGAUGCAAAAGCCACAAACGAAAAGAAAGUUGUAGACCCUCUCUAUUAUUGGCAGCAGACUGAAGAUGAUGUGACAAUAACAGUUGACAUUCCUCAAGACAUCACUAAGGAUGACAUAAAAGUACACUUUUCCCCUGAUAACAUACGUGUUACUCUGAAAGACCAGCCUCCUUUGAUGGAAGGAAAACUGUCUUCCUCUGUGGACCAUGAAAGCUGCACCUGGAUAAUUAAAGACAACAAAAGUUUGGAAAUCACUCUAGUUAAGAAAAAUGAGGGACCCUGGUGGCCAGAGCUAAUAGUUGGUGAUACAAGAGGGGAAUUCAUUAUGGACCCUGCCCAACGUUCUGAAAUAGCUGAAAGCCUGAUGCAUCUUACAUCUGAAGUAAUGAAUCCAAACCCUGAAAAGGAAAAACCACCUUGUAAUGCUCAAGAAUUAGAAGAAUGUGAUGCUUUUCUUGAAGAUAGUGCAAGCUUGUGCAGAUUUGAUGGUAUUACCUUGAAAGUCACGCAUGUAAUUAAUCUUGGAAGCAACCAGUAUCUUUUCUCAGUUGUUGUGGAUCCCAGAGAAAUGCCGUGCUUCUGCCUGAGGCAUGAUGUUGAUGCUCUUCUCUGGCAGCCCCACUCUGACCAACCAGAGAACAUGUGGGAACACAUUGCAACUUUCAAUGCUUUAGGUUAUGUGCAAGCAUCAAAGCAAGACAAGAAGUUCAUGGCUUGUGCUCCAGAUUACUCCUAUGCUGCUCUUUGUGAAUGCCUGCGACGAGUUUUCAUCUAUCGCCAGCCGACUCCUCUGUCCACAGUUCUCUACAACAGGAAGGAAGGAAGACAAGUAGGACAGGUUGCUAAGCAGCUUGUAGCGACCCUGGAAGCCAGUGAUCCUAUCUUAGGCUUUCAAGCUACAAGGGAGAGAUUAUUUGUUCUCACAACAAAAACCUUGUUUUUAAUAAAGGUGAACUCUGGAAAUUAAUUAUUUAAUAUAUUCUGCUGUAGUUUGUGUUAACAAUUUGCUAAAGAACUGGCUGGGUUAAUGGUCUGAGAAGUUCAGUACAAUUUGCUGAACUUUAAAAAGGAGAUAUUUUACAGGGGAUUCAACAUUUCAUUAUAAUUUGUGAGACAGCAAGACAGUUUUUCAGUUUUGCUGUCACUGAAUUAAGCUUUUUCAGAGCUAUGGGAAACUGUUUUCUGCGCUAACAGCUUUCUCAAAGCAAUCAUCAGAGGCUGCUAUUGCAUAGGUGAAUAGAUUUAUGCCUUUUUUUUUUUCCCAGAUGAUUGUGUUUGCUGUACUUCUGAGUUUUGAGAACUGACUUCUCGUUUUAAAUGCCACUGUUUACCUAUGAAGGAAGUAGUCAGAUAAAGAAAACAAAACCUUGAGUUACAAGCAUAUGACAUGCCAAGUGAUGUGUAUUAUAAAGAAAAAAAAUCCCAAACUGAAGUACCAUUGGCCAAAAAAAUGAUUUAAUGUUUCAGUAGUCAGUAGUAUUGAGUGAAAUGUGGAUGGAAUGAAUGGAGUGUUAUGUUUCAUAUACAGGUGAUUAAUUCAAGUGGAAUAAUGUCAUUGUAUAUGCAGAUUUUAGGUUAUUGAGACUUAUGCUUGCAGUGAAAUCUGUUCAUGUUUAAAGAGACGCUAGAAUAGCUUUUAGUAGCUUUUUCUUGGAAAAAAGUAAAGGGUGAAUGUAUAGCUGGUGAUUACAUAUUGAAUGAUAUGAGUCAGGGUCUAGUUACACUCUCAGUUGUGUCAUUUUCACUUGACAUUGUACUUCAUCUCAAGUGAGUAAUUUACGAUUAGGGAAUUGCUAACAGAAAAAGCACCUGUAUUGUACCCGGAGAUGGGAAAUGCAGAAAUGCUGCUUCUGCCUCAGGUGUCACGGUAAAUACUGUGUAACUAGUUAAUCACUCUGUCGUGAUGGGCAAGUCCAAAUGUGUUAUAUGCAAUGGAGGAGCACACAGGGCAUGAGGAUGCUUCUGUUUACCAAACUGGCUUGAGUUAUAUCUGAAGAUCUUUGUUUCUUAUUUUGAAUUGACAUUGUCAAUAGAGUUAAACCAAAAAAGCAUCAGUUGUGACAGUUCCACCCUGGGUUGGUUUUUUUUUUCAGUUUGCUUACAAGUCCAUAGCAAAGCAUGCCUAACCAAUAUACUGUGAACUGGCAGGCAAGUUAUACCAAAGUACUUGCCAGACACAGAUUACUGAGACACAAGUACAGCCAGUGGCCUAAUAGUUUGCAUCUCUUCCACUAUUGAUUCUGAGCUCUGUAAAACUCUUUAUUGUGGAGAAAAUAAGUGUUCAUUUUUAAUGGACUUAUAGUAUCUUAGUUGUGAUUGUUUUGUCUCUCCUGUAAAUUCUCCAGACUUGUAUUGGUGAAAUUAUUAAAUAAUAUACUGAGAAUUUAAGAGGGAGACAAGCACAUGUGGCUUGCAAAAAAACCCUCCGAAGUCAGUAGGAUUUCAAGGAUCCUGAUUUUCUUCCUCCUUACAGCAGUACAGCACUCUCUAUCCAAUAUUGAAAAGUUUUUCCUCACUCUUACUUGGGUAAGUUAAAACAGACUUGAUUUGCAAACCUUCCCUUCUCAUUCUGUUUUGUUUUUUUUAAAACUGCCUUGAAAAUACUUUUUAAAAAGGCUCAGUGAACAUAUUACUGUUUCAUUAUUGUUUUGCAUCUAAAUUUUCAUUGUUGGUCAAUAAUGUGAAACAAGGUGGUAGAAUUCAUGCAGUUGUCCUUUAGAAAAUAUUUUAUGUAGUAGAUUACUUUGCAAUGUAAAGCAUGUUCUUUGAGAAUUAUAUGAAUAUUGCUUAGUAACCUGUGAGUUAAUCACUGGGAACACAGAGGUAAGAACACAUUUUGAUGUCUGGGGAAGGGAGGAGUGAAGAGGGAGUGAGGGAUUCAUAACCCACCGGCUUUUGUCACUUCAGGUCUGUUGCAGGAAUCUUCGGUAUAGAUGAGAAUUCCAGCUGUUCUUUGUCAAAUUCUCCUUGCUAUGAGCUAGAUAUGUGGAACCAUACUUUUGCUGUCUCCUGCAACAGAGGAAACAAAGUCAAGCAAAAUGGUUACCUCUUCAGAGACUGUAUGAUGAUGACCAAAUGACCAAAAUUCACAUUCUGCCCAAAUAUGUGUCUGUUCCAGGAGAGUUGUUCCUUGUGCCUGGAAAAAACUGAACAUGGGGAAACAGACUCAUCCCUUUUUCCAUGUGACUCAUCUAUUUGCAGUCAUGGUGUUCUCAGAAAGGAUAUGUCAGACAGUGUCUCUUUUAUUUUGCUUUCUAUGAGAGUUAAAGGCAUUGUAUUAUUCAAAAGAUUUGUUGCCUUGAGGAAUGUUGCAUGCUGUUGCACAGCAAGCUACUGUAAUUAAAUGGCUGCAAGCCACAGAGAGGCACUUACUAUCAGCAUUUCCAUUUCUGUGUUCACUUAAUUUUAAGGCUUAUUUGUUAAGCAUAUUAUUGUGGGCUUAUACAAAGUAUAGAAUGUGGAUAUUUAAAAGAGGUGGUUUUCUGAGAGCCAUACUUCAAUUUUUCUAGGAUUUUAUUUCUUGAAAUCUUACAUUUUAAGACAUAGUACUUCCCGAACGGUCCCAAUCACAAGCUGAAUGUCUGAGAAAAUAUUUGGCUAGUACAGACUUGCAUUAUUUAUUUCUAAUAUUCUUUUUCGGUGUUUUUCUUGGCUUCAUGUUUGGAAUGUAUAAUGUAUUAUUCUACAAGUUUAGGUUAAGCGGAAAAAAAGGUUAAAAUUUAUUAAUAAAGGGUUGUAAAAAUUA